AUGGCUGUUCAGACUGCAAUCAUGAACCCUCAGUUCAUGAAUUUCUGCUUCCCUGGUUCUGUGAUGGAAUACAACGUGGAGAAAAAUCUGGAUGGGAGUCUCCUCGGCGAGGCAGAAAAUGAUGAGGACUACAAAGAGACCACUAGGGACUUACUGAGCUUCAUAGACUCAGCCUCCAGCAAUAUCAAGCUGGCUCUGGACAAGCCAGUGAAAUCCAAGAGGAAAGUCAACCACCGGAAGUAUCUACAGAAGCAGAUCAAAAGAUGCACUGGCAUUAUAACACCAGGAAAGGUAGCAGAUGCCCCAGUUAAAAGACAAGGCUCCCUAGCCCUUGCUCAGCCCAGCCCUUUGCAGAGCAAAACUCUGCCUAAGCGUGAUGGGGUCCAGGCCAACUUACAGAGCAAAAGCUUGGCAGCCCUCUUCAGCCCUGUGAAGGAUAUAAGGGGUGAAAAAGCCAAGAAACCACCCCUGAGGCAUCGCAAUCUGCCCCCCUCUUUCUUCACUGAGCCUGCCAACUGCUCCAAAGUUAGCUCCACAUCUGGGAUGACGCUGAAGGACUUGGAACGAGGCAAUCCUGAGGCUGCAGAGUUCUUCGAGCUCUUGGGGCCUGAUUACAGCAACAUGGUUAGUGACCAGGACCUUUAUCAAAGCAUGCCUCUCCGGGUGCAGCCAGAGAUGGGCCCGGAUCCUGCUUCCUACGAUGCUCACCAUUUAGUUGGUGGUCUUCUCUACUCUGAGCCCUGGACUAGCUGCCCAGGAGCCUCUAAGAAACCAGGGGGGAGCCUGCGUACAGGCCCAGCCCAGCCCCCUGUCUACUGUCCCUCUGAGGCUGCUGGACCCAUAGAAGAUCACGCACUGUGCACUUUGGCCUUCCCGAACUUCUUCACAGACUGCUCCAUACCUCAGGUCACUUAUGAUUUAAGUGGUGGUUAUAACAGAGCUAAUUAUUCAUCUCUAUGAGAAAUUGACAAUUCUGUUGUUAGAAGUGCUGGUUUAAAAAAUGCUGUGACAAGUUUAACACUAAUAUAAGAGUCUACGUUUCAUAUUGUCAUAUUUCUGUGUCUGUCGUGGAGGUAUUAUUGCAACUGGAUGUAAGCUUUUUGUAUCACCCCCUCUCAACAACCAUGCGUGUCACUUUCCCAGAGAGAAACAUGGAACUUAAAAUGUUUUCUGUCUAAAAAAAAGUCCAAAGCUUUCGAGUAGCUGGAUACCAUGCACUUUUCAACGACUCAGUUUCAUUUACUAAAUGUUUCAAGUUAAAUUGUUUCACAUGUGAAUAGGAUUUUCUUUAUCUCAGGCUAUUUCCAAUGACAUUCUGAAUCAAAAUGCAUCUGAUUCUGGGCAUGCUCCAGUUUUUUCACCACUGUGUGUGGGUCAGUUCAUUAGGAUGUAUCUUACUGAUUUGUGAAUUUGUUGAUGAAGACAUUUCAUUCCAUCGUUUUCAUAUUUUACAAAAAGAAAACACAAGUAAUAGAAAUGCUUGUUGGUUUAGUCCACUAAACAUCACUUAUUGCUAGAACAUUAUUUUGUAGAAUAGUUUGACAAAACAUGCUGCAACAAUCUCUCAGCGAGGCACUUUUUCGCUCCUAGUAACAGUUCUGCGUGGAGACUUUGAGGGGAAAACUCAUUUUGCUGAAACGAUUAUUACAACAAUGUGUGAUGCCAUGUUUGUUUUGCAACAUUUUAAAGCUCAGAAAUGAUUUUCACAUGCAUCCAUUUUGUUGGUAAAGCCUUAAAUGUGUCGAGCUAUUGUA